CAACUAAAGAAAAUAAUAGUGGUAUGCCAGGCCUAAUAAUGCAGGAGCGCGAAGGAUGCCACGAAUUCCACCUGGGGGCGUCUUUGAGCUUGCCGAGUAGACACCAUUAACAAAGCUCACCCUCCUAAGUUGAAAAUUUUAUGGACGAGAAAUUAUCAUUGAGAUUAAAUGGUGGCAGACAUGUCCAGGGAAUAUUGCGGGGGUUCAGUCCCUUCAUGAAUCUUGGGAAAGAUGGACAUGUGGAGAUGGCAACUAGUGGGCGGCAGAACGACAUUGGAAUGGUGGUAAUUCCAGGAAAUUGUGUCAUCCUGUUAGAAGCCUUGGAAUGAGCAUUGUUAACAACGGGUGUGUUACGGAAGAAACCAGUGGCUUCCACGUGUCCCCUCUCCAUAGCUCCUACUAUAUAAACAUUUUCCUACUAUAUAAAAAUCAGGUUGUGCAUUUUCAUAUUGAACUUUCCUGUUAAAUAAACUUCUGUAAUAGUCAAAAAAGUAGUAACAGUGGUAGGAAUUAGCAGACAUGGACGUUAAAACAGUUAUUAUAAUUAUACUCCAUAUGCUCCACAUUCAGUGGAGAUAUAAACAAUAAAAGAUAAUUUCUAGAGACAAAAACUCAAGGUCUUAAGAUGAAAAGUAUAUCAGACAACUAACAGACUAGAGACUACAGUCAGAAACAUUUGUGAAUUUGAACACGGAUAGAAACUCAGCAAAGCGAAACAAUAAAGAAGAAUCUUAAAAAAAAAAAAAAAAUCCAAAAACGCAUCAGUGAGCUGUGGGACAAGUACCCACAGCCUUGCAUCCACACAAUUAGAGUCCCAGAGAGGGGAGUGUAAGAAAUACUAGAAAAAACAGUGGAAACUUUCCUGAUUCGAUGAAAACUAUAAACCUACAUACAUAAUCCAGGAAAUUUAACAGACCUGAAGUACAAGAAAUCUGGAGAAAACUGCACCAAGACACAUGACAAUCAAAUGCCUGAAAGUUGCUUAGAAAGAACUUAUAAACCUUAGAAACGAAGUCUCAUUAUAAGCAGGGGAGCAGAACAAGGAACGGCAGCAGAUUUCCUAUUGAUAGCAGUGGGGUGGCUCUGGAAGGUGCUGGCAGGAAACAGUGUCCGCCUGGAACUCUGUGCCCAACCUACACUUCAGAAAUGAAGAGGAUGUACACAAUUUUCCAGACGUGCCUGAGCUGAAAGAUGGGGCAGGAGUUACCGCUGACCUAUACCACCAGCCGCGAAGGCCCUUAAAGCACACGGAAACCGCCCUAGAGGGACACAAUGGCCUCCCUGGAGGAGCAAAAAGGACCAGAAAUGAUAAGUGGGUGUGGACAUGUAAAGAAUUUUUUGUUACAGAAAAAAAUCCUCUUUAAAAGAUAA